CGAUGGACAGUUCCGUCACCCAAAACAGCGGCAGAGCGGCACGGACGAGGGGCCUUGUUCUGCCGAUUUGAGCCGCGAAGAGCCAACGCGAAGGUCGAGGCUGGGCACACAACUUUGGAGAUGCCGCAUGCCUCGAACAGAGCAUCGCGCGGCUAUAGGAGGGAAAACACUCCUCGAUCGAGCAUUGCACACUCUCAUCCCCGAACGCCCCGCUUGACCUGUUGCGGCGACUCUUGAACGAGUGGGUACAACACUGGCUGCACACGAAGGCUUGUACGACUCAAGCUGUGGAUUUCAUCCUCGCGCCGUCCAGGUAGAGGUCCUUACGCGGUUGGACGUGAAACGGGAGCGGUUUCAUGAUUGGGACGUGUUUUACCAAAGAGCAACUCUGUGGAGGACGUGCAGCUUCAUGGACGUCAUGAUGAGGCUCAAGGGGGGACAGGCGUUCAAAGCGAUCUCGGAUGCGUUUCAGGCAAGGGAGCAGUCGCUCGGACAGGAGGGGCUGCCGCUGACCGACUUUGUCGAGAUCAUUCUGAAUAGCCUGCCGAAAGUCCAAUCGUCCAAGGAAGCGUUCGACACGAUCAGUGGUCUCAUCGAUCUUUUCAACGACAUUGACAUCAACGGGGAUGGGACUCUCGAACUGAGCGAGUUCACGUCGUACUGUGUGGACGCAGGGAUGGUUGCGACUCGAGUCAAAGCCGCGCCGCUCAAGUACCAGUACGUAAAGAACAAAGACUUUGUCGAUCGCACGACCGACGGCAGCGGGAUUGAAAAGAUAAAAUGGUGCCCAGAGCUCAAGCGCGCCGUCGUCGUCGAGACGAAAGCGAACAGCGUCAAGAUCUACACCCACGAAUUCAAGCUCGUCAACCACGUGUUUGCCACGUCACUGAACGUUCCUUGCGACCAAGUGGGGGUGGCAGGGGAUGAAGCGCACUUCUCGCGCCAGUCGUUCACGAGUGACGUGGACCUGUUGGUGCAGGAUGCCGAGUUCAUUCCACCGUACAAACUGCUCGUGGUGUCCACGUCCAACUUGUCCCUGACGUUUUACGACACCGAUCACUACUCGUGUGCGAUGGAGACCCAGACAAGCGUGACCCAGACGAUGCUUCGGUGGUGCGAUGGCGCCAACGUGCUGGCCACGACAGGCAACAAUCAUGUCGUGUCCUUGUGGCGCGUCACGGCAGAGAUUGUGUCGCUCGUGCACCAGAUCCUCGACCACCACGACAUCGUGAUGGACGUGCUCCCGAUCCCGCAGUACGACGUGCUCGUCACGUGCGACAUCAAGCGAUUCAUCUACAUGUGGGACAUCCAGGACUUUCGGUCCCGCGGCCACCUCGUUGGUCACACGCACGGGGUCCGGCAGAUGGUGUUUUCGACCACAAACGACAUGCUGCUCACGGCCGGGUUCGAGUUUGACGCGUACGGGUGGGACGUCUCGUCCAAGCAAAUCGUGAUGACCCUGGCCGGCCAUCGCGCGCCGCUGGUGGGCAUCCAACUCGCGCGCUUUCACACGGAGCGCGCCGUAACCGCCGACGUGGAAGGAAACUUCAAGGUGUGGAAUAUCCAUCGACUCAACGGGGCGUCCGCCCAGCUCCUCGAGAAUGUAUCCAACUUCCCGCGAUUCUGUCCCCGGGCGUUCGCCACGUUGACUCCGUGGAGAGACAUUGCCGCGGGCAGCACCGUCUUGCAUGUUUUUGACAGCGUCAAGAUGCAAAAGCACGACGAGAUCCCGCUCCGGGCGUUCUUCCUCCAAGCGAGCAACUUGUUUCUUGGCGUCACCGAGACAUGCGUCAACUUGUGGGACGGCGGCACGGGCGCCCUCUUGGAAGAGUUUACGGGGCUGACCAAGAGCCAAUUCCUCUUGUGUUGCCAAGACUCGCUCCAUCGAAAGCUGAUCGUAGCGACCGACGACGGAGAAGUCGAAGUUUACAAUUGCACGAACCUCGCGCGUGUGCGAAAGUCUAGGGGCAGCAUUGGACGCAUCGCAACGAUUCAAUACGACUCUGCCAACAAGUUGAUCAUCGCGUGCACGUUUUCGACGCCGCCGGGGGCACACGACGCGUUCGGGUCUGGCGGCAUCUACGUCUUUGACGACAGCACGAUUGGCGAGUGUGAACUCGUUCGGUCCCUGACCAACGUCAACGUGGAGUCCGCUUCUUUCAGCUACCAUGCGUCGCUCAUCGCGACGGCCGCGUCCGACGCGGUCAUCCAGCUGUGGGACUUCGAGACGCUCCAAUUGCAAUCUGUGUGCAGCCAUCCUGGUUCGUUCAUGCACGUCGUGCAGUUUCUGGACCCGUACCCUGUCGUGGUGGCGGCAGACACGAACGGAAACGUCCUUUUCUUCGCGACAACGGCGCAAUCGCCGCAUCUCGAUGGCGGCAUCUUGCAUGGCUUUACGAAUGCCCACGUCGCAAGUACAAGCGGCGACUUCCACGGUAAGGUUGGGGUCGUCGACGGCGAGAAUUUGCAUCGGGAUGGCGACGUAGAACAUUUUAGCGUUGUCACGACGAUCAACUGCCACUUGGACGAAGAUUCGGGCGUGCACAUGCUCGUCACUGGCGACGAGCGCGGCGUGAUCUCGAUUUGGAAUCUGAAUCCCAUGCUGGCGAGGCUCAACUUGACGCCGAUUCCACACGACAAGCUCAAGAGUUUGAGGCGCGGGUACCACGCGAGGAGCAAGUUCCAUCGCGUUUUUGGAGCCGAUCACGUGGUAUCAUGUGCGCGGCGGAGUAGUGCAGCCAGCGAUGGAAGCGCGACGACACGGCGGACUAGCCUCCGUCAAUUCUUGUCGAGUCGCCAGUCGCAAACGGGCUCAACUCGACAAAUCCCGACGCCUCGGCAACCCGGCGACGUCCAUCGGAUGUACUCGUGGGUGGCGCACACGGACGCGAUCCACAGCAUUCAACUGUGCGAGCAUCCCAACCUCAUCCUGUCCAGUUCGUUCGAUGCCGUCGUGUGUGUGUGGGACUGGAAGGGCAACAACCUUGGGUCCCUGACCAACUUUGACACGUCGCCGAUGGCCCACCCGUGGAAAUUUGUAAACGAAAACACAAAACGGGAGCGCGAGCGGCGCGAAGUCGUCGAAGAGCUCAUGAAAAAGAUGGACCAGUCGCCGGAAGAGCGCAAAGUGGCCGACAUGCAACGACGGAUAUCGACGCGCGCCGCUGGCAACGUCAAUCCCAUCCUCAAGGGAUUGUUCGACGCGUCACAUCGCACACCGCAGACCCCGCUGCAGAAGGCAAAGAAUCGAAGGCGCAUCGACCUUGCUGCGGCCCAUGAAAAUGGACGAAAUCUGAGCUUAGUGCAAGUGGGGCCAUUGAUCGCCCGCCGGAGCUCGAGUCGCGGCGCGAACGACGAGCCCAGCUGCGACAGCGACACAUUCGAACUCGACAAGAAGGAAAUGGCCGAGUUGAACGUGCCGACUGCGCUGUCGUCGAGGCUCGAGAUGCUGCAGAACCACGAGAAUUUGGCCAACACGACCAAACACAUGUACGUCAACUUUGCGGACAUUGCCGACGAUCGGAACAAGAAGACGUCCCUCGCGCGGUGUGGCAAAUUGCGCGAGGUUGACUUGAAUCCGUCGCCGUUUCUCCGCGACAAGCUCGGCGCGACGGAUGUCGUCACGAUGAGCCAUUCAGUGUUCGUGCCCAGACCCAACACGGCCCCGGCGCUCCUCAAAUCGACGAGCUUGCCGCCGUGUGCGUCCAGUCCGGCACACGGCAAAGUACAGCAGUCCGUGGCCCGCGCAAAAACGGACCAAUGCACCCGUCGAACGUCGUCGAGGAACUCCAUGUCGGCGCUGCACUUUGACGACUACAAGGCACUCGGCAAUCCCCACUCGACAUCGACUGGAAAACUCAAAAAGAUCAACGAGAUCAUCUUGUGUGCGACGACGUCCAUUGAAUUGCGCAGCGCCUCGGCCAACCCCUCCGACACGAAUAAUGCCCCCCUCUGCAACCAGGAGCAUGCAGACCUGCGGCAACGAAUGCUGCACACCAAGUCCAAGCACGACCGACUCGUUGCAGACCCGGAACCGCGCAAACUCGUCCGGACCAACCUCCGCGCGGCCCAGCAGAAGCUGGAGAAAGAAAAACGAGCGAAGCGGUACUUGGCGCAAAAGAAGCGCCAGACCACGGCCAAAAUUGGGACCGUCCUGCGCCACACGUCGAUCAUGAUGACGAGUCACGGUCCUGGGGUCCACGAAAUCGCAAAAGCCGACGGCACGCACCACCGCUUCGGGAUCUACUCGAUCAAAGAAGUGAUGGUGAUCAUCCGCCUCUUCUGGUCCCUCGACAUCGACUGCUCCGGCACCGUGUGCGAGAGUGAACUCAUGGGGUGCCAGCAGUACUUUGAAAAGUUGGGGUACACCGACAUGGCGACAAUCUUCCGGAGCAUCGACUCCGACGGAAGCGGCGAAGUCAAUCUGGCCGAGCUGCUCAAGAUUUGUUUCAUGUAUGCCAGCGCCGCCGACAUCAAGGACAUGCUGACGCUGGAGAAGCUCGGCCGCGCGCCGUCGAUGUUGGCCACCAACGCCCCGCUCACCCCUGAACAACUUGCCGACAUGCAAGAGAUCUUUCACGUGUUUGACCGGGAUCGCAGCGGGACGAUCAGCUUGGACGAAGUGCUCGACGCGUUGCACUGCAAGCAAGACAGCGUUUACGACGCUCCCGCGCUGUCGGUCGACGAAGUUCGACAAAUGUAUCAAGCCGAAGAUCGCAACGGGAACAAAGAGCUCGACUUUGACGAGUUUGUCAGUUUGAUGCAAGGGCUGUACUCGCAGUCGGGCAUGGCGACGACCUAACUCGGAUAAUUUACGUUCGAGCGACGUCUUGGAGCUGCACCAUGAGGCCGUGCUGCGGCAGACACUUGAAGUACUCGACGCCCUUGAUCGUCCCGCUGUUCUUUCCCACCGCUUCGUCAAACACGACGCCGACCAUCUCGCCUUUGCAGUAGUGGACAUUCCCCACAAACGCGACCGUCCCCUUCAGCUUCCCGCCCGACACCGCGACGCUGUCACCAAUCUGAACCGAAUGACGAAUUGGCGACGACUCGGCGUCAUCGGUGGUGACGCUCUCGUAUGACUCUUUAUUUUCCUUUGGCGCUGGCGUCUGUGCUCCCCUCCGUCGAUUGCGACCUGGUCAACGGAAUAAAGUGAUGC